AUGGUCUCGUCAAACCACGAGGCUUGGGCAUCUCGUCUUGUUGAAGCUGAGUUCGCUCUUAACUCUUCUGUUGCUGUGUCCACGUCGCUGUCGGCUUUUGAGGCAACCUACGGCUACCUUCCUCGACGUUGGCCCUCGGAUUCCUGGUCUGUCUCGGACGUCCCUCGUGCGGAAGCGUUUGCUCGGAUCCGACAAUUACGGAACCUUGACGUGACGGAUGCGAUCAUUGGAGCACGCCUCAACCAGUCCCAUCAGGCAGCAUCGACGCCCAGACGACCCGCCUUUCGGACCGGCAGUUACGUCUAUCUUUCGACAAAGAACCUGGCAGUUCCUGACGGCAUGAAGUCGAAGUUGUUGCCGUACAUCGGCCCUUCCGUAUCCGAGCGGCCAUCCCUGCGACGUCCAGCUACGACCUCGAGCUCCCUCCAGCGAUGUCGCGAGUGCACAAUCGUUUCCAUGCUCGACUGCUUCGGCCUUGCGUUGAGAAUGAUGCUGAAAGGUUCCUGGGCGUGACCCCAGUUCUUUUUGUCGAAGACGUAGCCGACGCAGCCGACAAUUCUGCGAUUCCGGAACGGAUUGUUCGCGAUCGGCGGAACGCUCGGGGCGCUCGUUCGUUUUGGUUCGAUGGGUAG